AUGACGGUAAGGCAGCCAACACCAAUAAAUGAUGAAUUAGAUGAUUCAUUAGAGGGCCAUGCUUACGUGACACUACCUAUGAACUAUGACCACAUGCCUUCAGCUAACCAUCAAUCAGCUACACCACCGCAAACAGCGAGUGAUUACGGACAAGAUCUUGCUAAGGUGUUUAAUGAUUUAUGCAUGAGCUGCCGUGCAGGAGAUAUUGAUACUGUGGACUCUUUACUUUCGACUCCAGAACUCAAUAUUAAUCAGGUUGAUGAAUGGGACUAUUCGCCAUUGAUUUUAGCCUCAUUAUGUGGACAUACUAAAAUUGUUGAAUUAUUACUAUCAAGAGGCGCCAUUUGUGACAGAGAUACAUUUCAAGGAGCAAGAUGCAUUUAUGGUGCUUUGAAUGACACUAUUCGGGAUUUGUUGAUCAGUUUUGAUAUAUCUAAAAGCGUUGAUAUGUACCAACCCUUUGCCGGACAUAUUUCAUCACUUUUGAACCCGUUAAAUCAAAUUCCCACCAGCGAUAUAUUGUUUAGGUUCCCUCAUAUUAAUGGUACUUUGACCAGAGAUUUACAAAGUUUCAGAUUAAAUAGAUUCAUAUUAGCAGCAAGAAGUCCAUAUUUUUUCGAUAAAUUGAAAAAAGGUGGAGCAUGGAAUUUCAAAACAGUAAUUGAUAUGCCUUCUUCGACAGAUCCCAUUGUUUUCAAAAUGAUUGUGGACUACAUUUACUUGAGAACAGGCAGCCUUCCGAUUGAUCAGCCAAAGACUCAAGAUCAAUUGGUAAAAUUUGCAUCUAAAUUGAAAUUGGAAGAUUUACUAUAUAAUAUUGAAAUGAUAAAUGAAAAUGAAAAUGAAAAAGAUAAAGCAACUGCAAGGAAUGCUGCAUCUUUUAGGUUUGUCGAAAAAGCAAGAAAGGAUAUGGACUCAUUUUUGAUGAACAGUGUUAUCGAAAAUAAGGUUGUUUCCAAACUCAAUUUGAGUAAGGAAAUAGACUUCGAAGAAAUCAAUUCAGAACUUUAUAUAGAUGAAGAUCAAAAGGCUGAACUUUUGGACUCGUCAUCGAUUCCGGAUAUAAUUAUAUCUGUCAUAGAUGCUGAUUCUGAAUCCAUUGUGUAUUUGCCGGCGCAUAAGGCAAUAAUGGCUAGAUCCGAAUACUUUGAGACCAUGUUUAAGUCAGAUAUUUUUUUGUCUUCACAAGAAGACUUACCCAUUCUUAAGGACUAUGAGAAAACAUCUAAUAAAGCAGUUAUUGAUAGACCGUUUAUCUUAGCACCUCAUAUUCCUGUCAUUCAAAUAUCCACGUCAACAUCUAGUUUUGAAGUUGCCAAGUUUAUAUUAUCCUAUUUGUAUCAUGACGAUAUUCCACCAAUUCCUUUAACACUUACUAUCGAGUUGUUAUUUGCUGCUGAUGAACUAUUCUUAGAUAGGCUAAAGACUAUGUGUGCUGUAAAUAUCACAGCAAAUUUUUCAAGCCUAACAUAUGACGAUUUCCAUGCGUUGUAUGAAAGAGUUGGUUAUAAUGCUUUUGAUCUUAUUAGGGUGUCUUGGCAAACUAGGUGUGAUAAGUUGGAGCAGUAUAUUUCGAGAUUAAUUGCUUAUAAUCUUGAAAAUAUUUGUGAAGAUGAAACAGAAAGGGCUAAAUUUUGUGCUCUCAUCAAGGAGAGUGCAUCAAGAAUUCAAAAAAGACAAAAUAUAGAUACUAUCGAACUUAUAGAUGAUAUUCGUUAUUACAUAUCUCUAAAAUAUGCUGUCAAUGAAGACUUAAUCGAUUUUGAGCCGAUGGGAGAACAUUUUAUGGAAAGCGAUCCUCACCAUGUUGUUGCUGACGAUAUUCAAAUCUACAAGAAUGCUUUGUAUAACUAUGAAAGGGAAAAGAACAUGAUAUAUGCCUUAUUAGACGAAGUUCAGUUAGAUGCUUAA